GAACCAAGUGUAGCGAAAUAGCCUGCACUUUGUUUACGUCCCGUUGGUUAGCUGUCAGCUGUUGUAGCGCUUUACCCACGCCAACAACCGUACCUGCAUGCCUCUGGUGCAUGCCUGCAGCUUCUUAAACUUUAAACCGAGUGUCCUGGAUGUCGUGGAUGGGAUGUUUUGUUGAAUGAGGGGGACCCGCUAGAUGCCGACAGGAGGAUGAACUCCAUCACCGGUCGGGUUCUCGCCAUACCCGCCGCCUCUGUCACCAACUCUGGAGCUUCAUCCUCUCGAGCCUUACAUGUGGAGCUCACAUCCCAGCAGAGACGAUUGCGUCAUCUCCGGAGCAUCGCAGCCAGAAACAUCGUCAACAAGAAUGGCUCCCCACUGCUGGACACUUACUUCACCCUCCACCUCUGUAUAGGAGACCGCAUAUCUAGAGAUUUUUACAAGAGUGAAGUCAUACGAGACUCACUGAAUCCAACUUGGCGGAGCCUAGACUUUGGCAUGCUGCCAGACCUUCUGGACACCUCAGUGUCUUGCUUUGUGGUGAGGAUCUGGGGAGGACAGGAGGAACAGUACCAGCUCCUCAUAGAAUGGAAGGUCAAUCUGGAUGGCCUCAGAUACACAGGACAGCAGAUUCGAUCCAGGAAUCCAAAUGAGAUCAUAUUUGGAUUGAAUGAUGGCUACUAUGCAGCUGACUUUGAUCACAAGGAUCAGUCGGAGCGGAAGAAGAACAGUCAGCUUCAGGUCGACCAGAGUUCAGUCAGGAACUCCUACAGUGUUUUCUCUUUGCUCAGACUUCACACAGCCCAGAGAGCCAUCAAGCAGACCCAAGUGACGGUGCAGAAGAUCGGGAAGGAGAUCGAGGAAAAGCUAAGGACGACAGCGACCUGCACAGAGCGGAAGAAAGAGCGGGAGUGCAUGCAGCUGCGUAUAGCUGUUCUGCGCAGCGAACUGCAGCGGCAGAGGAAGGCGCUCGGCAGGGAGAUAGACCUGCGGCAGAAGGAGCGUGCGCAGCUUCAAAAGAAAGAGGAAGCAUUCUCAGCUCAGCACCAGAGUCUCAAGGAGGAGAAAGAAUCUUUAACCAAGCUGCAGAAGGAAUGCACUGCCAAGAGAGAGCAGUUCCUGAAGUCCAAUGCCCAGCUCACCUUCCGCUGUCGUCAGCUCCUCUCUGAGCUUUCCUACAUCUACCCCAUUGAUACGGCUAAUCAGUCAGAUUAUGUCAUCUGCGGAGUGAAGCUGCCAAACUCUGAAGACUUUCAAGCAAAGGAUGAUGGGAGCGUUGCAGUCGCCCUAGGUUACACGUCGCACCUGGUCCUGAUGAUCUCGUACUUCCUGCAGGUCCCUCUUAGGUAUCCUGUUAUCCACAAGGGUUCACGCUCCUCCAUCAAGGACACCAUCACUGACAGACUCACUGAGAAGGAGAGAGAAUUCCCUUUGUACCCCAGAGGAGAGCGGUUUCAUUUUGAAUAUGGUGUCUACUUACUCAACAAGAACAUUGCCCAGCUGAGAUAUCAACAUGGCUUGACCACCCCAGACCUGCAGCAGACACUACCCAACUUGAAGAACUUCCUGGAACAUGGCCUGCUGGUCCGAUGUGACCGACACCAUGUCUCCAGCUCUAUCCCAGUGCCGACCAAGUCUCAGCUUGGUGUGUCCGCUGCCUCGGAUAUAGGCUACCCCUGCCACGCCAGCUCCCCAGACCGAGCCCUGAGGAAAAGGGCGAGCUCAGAAGCCGAUAAGCUCAGGUACAAGCCAACUCCUCCACCCAGCUACAACACAGCCAUGGGUGAAGAGCAGCCCCCGGUCGGCCUGGCACCGCCCUCGCCUUCACCCAAACACCUGUCCUCCUCCCUUGAUGCUGGCAUGGCCUCACUUAACCUGGCCAAGACUACGGAGGCCAAAGAGGGGGGAGAGCAGAAAGAAGAGAAGGAGGAGGUGGAGAGACGCAGAAGCAUUGAGAUUGAAGUCGAUAAAGAAGAAGAGACUGAAGAGCAACCACCCAGUAGCACAGUUGCGCCCAGCCCUUUGACAGUGCAGGACACUAGCGAGGAAACGGUGGCAACUAGUCAGCACACAGGCGCCAUGAACGGCUCUUUGGUACCAGGACAUGCGCCUGUUAGCCUGGUCCCAGAGCUGCACUGCUCUGUGGAGCAAGCUGAGGAGAUCAUGGGCACAGAGGCUACUGCUUUAGGCCUGGGGUUGGGGUUGGGGUUAGGGCUAGCAGAUGAGGCUCGGCUGGAAGACUACCGCUGCAUCCCUGUGGACCACGCAGUAGCUGUGGAGUGUGAUGAACAGGUGCUGGGUGAGCUGGACGUCGCUGGCUUUGAGGAGUUCUCCAGGCGCAUCUAUGCACUAAAUGAGAACAUGUCCAGCUUCCGCAGACCGCGCAAGAACUCUGAUAAGUGAGGCAAAGGACCUAAGGAGAAAGGGAGGCGUGAAAAAAAACUUGCACAGGGGGUUUGGACAAAUACAAGGCAGGGCCACUCCCUUAUCACAGCAUCAAAAAUCAUAGGAGCUGUUCUGGAAUAACGACCAAUUUGCACUUAUUGUAAACAUUUCCAUAGUUUUAAAUGAAAUGCAGUUGAAAGUUCAAGUAUUGGGACAGUAAGCUUAACUUUUAUUUUUGAUGCCAACAUUUAUAAAAAAAAAUUAACAUUGGAUGGAACAAUGAACCAUUAUUGAGACAAAUAAUUUGGCCUCAUUUGCUGUCAGUUAUUGUUAUUCAUCUUAACUUCAUGAUCUUCUCUGGACUGCAUUUAAGAUUCACAUCCACACAUAGACUGCAGCCUCAGUAAAUCAUGGUAUAAAAAUGUUUUGAUGCAGCAGCUCCAAAUCUGUUUUUCCAGCAAUCGCGUUAACAAGAGAAGCUUCUGCUCGCUUCCUCACUUGAGUUUUUUUGGGACAUUUUAUGAAUUAUAGAAUCAUUAACAUGAACAACAGACACACAAGAAGAAUGGUUGCAACUGGAAGUGAAUCAUCUUGUAUCAUGCUGUCCCAGUACUUACACCUUUGACUGUACAAGCAACUGUUCAGACAGUUCCCAGAGCCUUCAUUCAGGGUACAUGGCAGUGGGUGUGUGCAGGAGGGAGAACACGACAUGUAUGCGUGUGCGUCGGGGCUUCACAUUAGCAUGCAACCACAGUCUGGUUUCAAGUAAUCCCACCAGUGACCUUUGAAGACGGCAGGACUUUGCUACUACAAAACGAGGUGGGAACUGGAACCAGUAGCCCCAUCGGAGACUCCCUAACUGUGACACACAGCAUCUUCUCUCCUUGAACAACCUACCCGUCAGUCUCCACACGGGGUCGAGUUUCUCCGUCAGGUCUUAAGAUGAGGAACACAAGAGUGGCAAGUUGGAGCUUACAGCACAUGGCAGGGAUACGGUGCAAUUGAUUUUCUGUCCAUCCUCAUGUCCUCUAUUUUCUCUUUUUAAUUUGUUAAAUUUUAAUGUACCCUAUCAAUGUUAACAUCAGUGUUAUGUUAAGUCCACUGAUUCUCAUAUUAUGUAGACAAAAAAAAAUAGAUUGUGUGUUCUGUUGGAAUGUCUCACUCAGGCUCUACUGUAAGUGUUAACAGCAAACCCCUAUUGUCUGUGAUUUUGUCCUGUGUCUCCAUGUUCUGGAUGCUUUCUUGCACUGGUAUUCAAUUAUUGCAUUAUUUAUGUCUCUCAACAAUUGUGCGUGCUUUGUUUUAAAGGAAAUCAAUAUUUAGUUUUAUUUUCCCCACUCAUAUGUGAUGUCGCUCAUUAAUAUUGUCAAAUGUUAGACUGAUAUCAUUACCAGUGUCUGGGUCCUGAUGUGGACAGCUGCUUUGCAUCGCCCGCUGUGACAAAGAUGGACUCUCCACCCGCAGCCCACUUUGUGUUUCUGAUCCAGUACUGUUGUUGCUGACUGUUGAGAAGUAAUGUAUUUAAAACUAAAAGAUGACAAUGUUAGAUCAUUUCCAUAAACUGCUAUACAGUUCAGUAAGUGACCAUGUACAUAAACUUUUGUAUGGAGGGUUUUUUUUUGUUAUUAAAGGCUUGCAGUCCAAUGGCAUGGAUGUGUGUAGCCCCC